AUGGUUCGGGUCUCAUUGAGGCUUUUCCUCCAAUUUAUCGUGAUCAGUCUGGCCAUUAGUGCAAUAGGAAAAAAAGCCGAAACUUGGCACCUCAGCAGCAGUCGAACGCAACUUCAGUUUUUAGAUGCUCCACCUGGUUUGGCAGAAAUAGAGCUCCAACGUUUAAUCAGCAUUUCUGCAUGUCUCAAACGUCGCUUGGCAAAGGAGAAAUAUGAGCGCAUCGAAUCGAGAACACACGAGGAGGCGGAGAGGCAUCAUAACAGCAAUAAGGGAGCAUACCUCUUAACACGAAUAAAACUAUCCAAAAUCAGAUCCAGAUCUUGCGCAAUAGGGUCCAAUGGAUUCCUCCAAACCUUCUUUUAUGCAGAAGCACUAAUGUACCAGGGCGACCUGUGUUGCACACUUCUCCUCGAAGUCCUCAUCCAUCGCGUCGCGCGUCUUCCUCGGAAGGACAGCGAGCCCAGUCUAGACAAAGGGAAUCAGCCUAUGAUAGCACCAAACGACGGGAUAGCUGAUGUCUCUGCUCGUCUGACCAUUGACGUCUUGCAGACAUUCCGCUCAAAUUUGAGCUGA